GAGAUACUUGAUCGUGCUUCAGCGUACCGCUUCUGGUGGCGCAGUGCACCAGCUUCCGGCUCGAUUUCACCUGAAACUUGCGCGUCUUUGAGCGCUUCGCACUCUUAGGUGCAUGUUGUUGUUUUAUUACAUUCCAACUGGUAACAUAGGCUCAGCUAGCAAGAACCGCACUCAACAGCUAUUGAGGCCUUCGCGCCGUUAUCUCCAGCGCGGCGGAAGGCAUUCAAGCGCCAAAUGCGUCGCGUGUGCGAUCAAGUUCCAUGCGUGAGCAUUUUGCCGCGAUCAAACUACGCCUGACGCGACGCACGCGACCACAUUGGGCGAAGCGCGCCCGCUUGUCCGUGUGUCCGGGCGCGCCACGGGCCUUUUGCAGCGCAUUCCUUCGCGAUGGGCGGCUGGAUGGCGAUGGACCGCAAGGAUUUACCGGUGAGUGUGCACCAGAUACGUUUCAAAGGGUUGGAGCCUAGGUACAUGUCAUCUCAUACAGGGUAUCACGCCGUGCUGUGUAAACGAGAACCCCA